UUAGCUAGCGCGCUUGACUAUGGCUGGGGGAAGGAGAGGGCUGGUGGCUCCACAGAACACCUUCCUGGAGAAUAUCGUGCGGAGGUCCAACGAUACAAAUUUUGUCCUGGGUAAUGCGCAGAUAGUGGAUUGGCCUGUUGUAUACAGCAAUGAUGGAUUCUGCAAGCUGUCAGGAUACCACCGAGCAGAAGUUAUGCAAAAGAGCAGCACCUGCAG